AGGCAAAGUAUCAUAAGCCAGAAAAACGUGCAUCCAGGAAGGAAACUACCGUCCUAGUAAAGAGCAACUCGCUAGCCACGUUGGUGUCCAACAGAGAAGCUGGAUAAGCUUAUGUACAAUACAAGAACACCUCUUUCAAUGCAACAGCCCAUUUGGUCUGAUCAGGACACCACUUUUCAGGAAGUAACACCAGACAGUGGGAUUGAAACACCAGCAAUGAGCGUGGGGAAACAGAUAAUGAGGAACCAUGUAAGGAAUCUUUUCAGCGUACUGAGUCUGAGUCCAAAGGAGAGAAGGAUCAUCAAGCUGAGAUUUGGGAUUGGUGGUGGGAAACAGAGAUCGUUGUCGGAGAUAGGAGAAAUUUAUGGACUGUCUAAGGAGAGGGUAAGGCAGCUAGAGAGCAGGGCAUUGUACAAGCUUAAGCAGAACAUGAACAGCCAUGGACUCAGUGCUUAUGCUGAUUUUCUUGUCUAGCUCAUGGAGACUAUAGUUUUUUUCUUCUAUUAAUAACAAUAUGGUGUGUGUGUACAAAAUAAUAUACUCAAUAAUAUAUACCUUUGAUGAUAGUGUUUUCUUGGAUAAGAGUUGUAUCCAAGAUCCACUUUCAUGGUUACAUUGAUUUUUUAAUGAUUUUAAAAAUUCAAUGAAUUGUGAUAAUGCUUGUUUAAAUUAUAUAAACUGGAGCUGCUUUAUAAUUUACUAA